AUGCGUGUCUCCGUUCUCGCCGACUGCCUCAACAACAUUGUCAACGCUGAGAAGCGUGGCAAGCGCCAGGUGCUCAUCCGCCCGAGCUCCAAGGUCAUCAUCCGCUUCCUCACCGUCAUGCAGAAGCACGGCUACAUCGAGGAGUUUGAGGAGAUUGACGACCACCGCUCGAACAAGAUUGUCGUCCAGCUCAACGGUCGCAUCAACAAGUGCGGUGUCAUCUCGCCCCGCUUCAACAUCCGCCUCCCGGACGUCGAGAAGUGGGUCUCGAUGCUCCUCCCCGCCCGUUCGUUCGGCUACAUCAUCCUCACCACCUCCGCCGGCAUCAUGGACCACGAGGAGGCCCGCCGCAAGCACGUCGCCGGCAAGGUCCUCGGUUUCGUCUACUAA